UUAGAAAAUUGCUAAUAUUUGAGGAGGGUUCAGUUCUCGAUCUCUGCUUCGAUUAGUUGCCAUCGAGAAUGUCAGCCUCGUUUUCGUCGUCAACCUUGGCCGCUCCCGCUUCUUCUCCGAAGUUCGGCAAAUGGCCCGGAUCGGCACGAUCUCCUUCGAAUCGUCUGGUCCACUUCCGGCGAUCGUUUCCAACAAUCCUUGCAUCAGCCGGAAAUGCCUCUUCUUCUAUUGGCACUGGAACGAAAACUGAAAUGGAUGCUGUGUCUAGCUUUAGUGAGAUAGUUCCGGAUACAGUGGUUUUUGAUGAUUUUGAGAAGUUUCCUCCCACGGCCGCUACUGUUAGCUCUUCGCUCCUUUUAGGAAUUUGCAGCCUUCCAGACACCAGGUUCAAGAGUGCUGUAGAGAUUGCAUUGGCGAACAGCGAAUGUUACGAACAAGAGGAACCUAGUGACCGGAUGACCUGCUUCUUUAACAAGGCUCUAGUGAAUGUUGGUGCUGACUUGGCCGGAUUAGUCCCAGGUCGGGUGUCAACAGAAGUGGAUGCUCGUCUUGCUUAUGACACACGAGGCAUCAUUCAUAAGGUGCAUGAGCUGUUGCGGUUAUAUAAUGAGGCAGGGGUUUCUUCAGAGCGCCUCCUAUUCAAAAUUCCCGCGACCUGGCAAGGAAUUGAAGCUUCGAGGUUGCUUGAAGCUGAAGGAAUACAAACGCAUUUGACUUUUGUUUAUAGCUUCCCUCAAGCAGCGGCUGCAGCUCAGGCGGGUGCAUCAGUCAUCCAGAUUUUUGUGGGCAGAAUUAGGGAUUGGGCUCGCAAUCAUUCUGCUGAUCCCGAGAUUGAAGCUGCUCGUAAAGGAGGACAAGAUCCUGGAUUAGCUCUGGUAAUCAAAACAUACAACUAUAUCCACAAAUACGGAUACAAGUCGAAGCUGAUGGCUGCAGCAAUUCGCAAUAAGCAGGACUUAUUUGGCAUUCUUGGGGUUGAUUAUAUCAUUGCACCACUGAAGAUAUUACAAUCCCUAAAAGAAUCUGUCACAUUUCCUGAUGAGAAGUACUCCUACAUAAGGAGGCUAAGUCCAAGCUCUGCGAAAGAGUAUGAUUUCACCGACAAAGAG